GGCAGGGACGGUGAAAACCUAGCCAUCGCGAUGCCUCCGACGUUCAAGAUCCUCCUUUGCAUUCGUCCAUCGGUACCUUUCUAGUCGCAAACGAAAUCGCAGCCUGAUUUGGAGUCGAAAGCGGCCCCAUGAUCUUCUUCGUUCACGAUGGAUUGCAAGCAGGACAAACGCAGAGCGUGUGCCCUGGCUAGCAAGCCCUCGACCGCAUUUUCGACCGUCUCUUCCGCUGCAUCUGCCACGUCAGCUGGAACAUCGCGCAGUGGAGGUAGCAGGCUCUUGUUUGGAGAGAUUGAUACUAGCAGUGAUAGGUCUAUCGAGAGCUAUGCAUCGGUCUGCAGCUUUGUUCUGUGCGACAGCAGCACGUUCCUCAAGUUUUGGCUGGAAGACAAAUGUCGUGAGAGACUUCUCUCCUUCAUGUCAAACCGUGAUCUGGCAAGUCUGCGACUGGCCUGUCAUGACUUCAGCGUACGAGCAGCGCCGGCGCUGUUCUCCGAUCUUCAAAUUACUUUCAAGACAAAUACAUUCACCAAGCCUUCGAAGCUGGCCGCAUUGGACCGGCUCGGAUUCUUCGUCAAAGAGCUCCAGUUUAAUAUGCCGCAUACAGUGGAUACCUUUCUCCCGCCCUUGGUGGACCCAGACUCCGGGGCUGAGCUCAGCUUCACAUACACGCCACAGAUUCAGGCCGAGGGAAGCAGGGCCCCCAGAUAUGGAGACGCAGGCACCACCGAGAUCCUUACUCGACAGUACCCCGCCCUCUUUCAUGCUGCUACAAAUGUUGCGGCGUUCAUUCGCGCCCUCUCUGCGUUCGUCAACCUUGAGCAUCUAGGAAUCAGCUGUCCUGGCUAUGAUGCUUCCCAGAGGUACCGAAAGAGUGUCGUCGACUAUGCCCUGAUAUCGUUGCGAAUUGCCAUUGAGAAGAAUUCGCUCAACGCCUUGGACUCGCUCUCCAUAAGUCCAAUUCAUCCUGGUGGUCUCUUAUCACUUUCUCCAUUGCUGGGGAUGGGUGCAUCGCCGCGAUCGGCAAGUCGAUGGGCGCGCAUUCGCAAAUUGAGCAUAGAUGCGGUGCAUUUAUCGCACGCCGGUGGCUGCUACGAGCCGGACCAGCUCAAGCUGCUCCAGACAUACCUCCGCAAUUACCAAAGUCGGCUGGAGACGUUUCGAUUCCGAUGGAUCGGCCAGAGAGGGCACUUGCCUGUUCAUCGACCAUAUGCACCGGAGUUAUCCCCACAUGAGCGACAUCCAGCAAUGUUGAGUCAAGCGAAUCCGUCAAAGCGUUUACGACCGUUACGAUUCAUGAACCUGCAAAUCAUAGAAAUGGAGAACAUCUCGGCAGCUGCUAGCGAUAUUAGUGAUUUCCUUGCCAGUCACAAGGCGACAGUCAAAGAGCUUCGCUUUGAGGGCAUUGACCUCACGCAGGGGACAUGGGAUGACGCGCUCGCGCCCAUGACCAAACGCUCGCGACGUGUGCCCAGGAACGAGGUCGCCGAUAUUCCAAUCAUGCUAUCGCCAAGCGCAGGUGCAACAACGUUCGGCGGCCAAGCAGCCAAUGUUGAGGUCGAGCAUCGGGAUGAUGGGGGCUACAAGAGUAUUCGCAUGUCGAAAUGGCUCCUCUCCAAAAGGAAGACGGCAAAUGUGCCGAAGAAAUUGAGGGACGGGUUACUUGGUUGCGAGGAGCAGCUAAAGAAGGUCUUGCGAGGAAGCGCCUUCCCGUGGGGAUGACUUUACGAGACACGAUGAUGAACACGACGAUAUGCCUUGAUGACAAAGUCAUUUGCUGCUCAUGUUGUAGAUACCCAGCAGAUAACGACUACUGUAUACCGUAGUUUUGCCCAGCC